AUGCAUCAUCUUAAAUGUAGAAAUCAGAUUCAACUAUCACACCGGAAGACCGUCAUGACUGCUGGUAAAGUCCAAGUAGUCGGAAUAGUUGCAUGUCUGAUCCCUGAGUUCGGUAUCGGAUUUCGUAACCAACUCCCAUGGAAGCUCCCUAGAGAACUCAAGUAUUUCAGACAGGUUACUACAGAAACCUUUGAUCCAGCAAAGAGAAAUGCUGUGAUAAUGGGAAGCAAAACUUGGAAUUCAAUACCCUCAAAGUUAAAACCCCUUCGUGAUAGAUUGAAUGUAGUGAUAUCACGUUCUUUUGCUUCGGAAUGGGAUCCUCAAGGUGAAGGUGGUAACUGCCAUGUUAUACACAGCAACUCUUUGUCAGGAAGCAUUGAGAGAAUGAAAGAGGUUGCCGAACACUUAAAAUUAGAGCGUAUAUACGUCAUUGGAGGCGCGGAAAUCUAUAGCCAAUGUUACAGUCUCAUUGAUCAUCUAUUAAUUACGAAGAUCGAGCAACUUAACCACGAUGCAGGAAACAGAAUACAGACAGAUGUCUUCUUAGAUAGUAAGAAAAUUCAUGAAUUAUUUCUUCAGGAUGAAGAAGGGCCUCGCCUGUUUGUACCUCCAACAGUGGACUUGCCUGCUAAACAAUAUUCCUUUACGGAUAACGGUCUUCAGGUGACUUUCACAUUAUAUGAUCGUAAAUGA